AUGAGCAAGCGUAAGAGAUCGCUAUCUGUCGGGGAGGAUAACUGCGCUGAAUUCCCUUUUACUGUCUCUUAUAAGACUGGUGAUUCGCCCGCUCACCAGAAAGGCCACAAAAACAAGAAGCGGAAGUACGAUGGUCAAGAUGAGAACAACCGGGCUCAGUCUCAAAUCUCUCCUUUCAACCCAAAGGGCAGCUUCAAAACGUACGAAAAUAUGGACCUAAAAUACACCGUUGAACCCGAAAAACGGUGGCGGAAUAUGACGCGCUACAAUAGCUUUGUCCUCAACGGAAACAAAUACUAUAGCGAAGAUUUCGUGCAUGUUGCCAACGAGCUAUCAAUUGAAAAACAAAAAGCUCAAGAUAAUUGCAAGGAGAUUUGCGAGAAUAAAGAUGAGUGGGUAGCGCGCAUCCUUGAGAUCCGUGCUUCUGAUGAGCAUCACGUCUAUGCACGCGUCUACUGGAUGUACUGGCCCGACGAACUCCCUGUGGACACCUUUGACGGCAAGAAGAAGGUUCAAGGUCGCCAGCCGUACCAUGGCGUCAACGAACUGAUCGCUUCCAACCACAUGGAUAUUAUCAAUGUUGUCAGUGUUACAGGGCUCGCCACCGUCCAUCAAUGGAUUGAGUCCGAUAUCAAGAAAAUCCCAAAGGGGUUUUAUUGGCGCCAAGCGUUCGACUGCCGUAACUUGCAACUUUCGUCUGUCGAACUCAUUUGCGAAUGCCAAGAGCCUGCAAACCCCGACAAAAUCGUGCUAGAAUGCACAAAUUCGGAAUGCGGGAAGUCGUUGCAUGAGGAAUGUAUAACCCACAAGAUUCUCAUACAAGUCCAUGAGCGACUGGGCAUAGAUAAGGCCAAUGUAAGCGAACAGUUGGCUGGCAAGGAGCAGGAGCCCGAACCCACCCAUCCUCUAUCGCCUGCUAAUACCGAGGAGAAAGAGACUCAGCCAAUGAUCGAUGUCCGUUCCGGCGAAACGAACGAUGGCUUACGCUUCAAGAAGGCUGCUCGCGAAAGCCAUCGUGAGACAGGUACUCUUGUGCGUGGACGGACGUCAUUCGAAGCUAUCGCUACCGCUCCAGCCAACCAAUCUGCCAAGAAGGGUAAUAAGAAGGGGCGCAAGAAGACCGCAGGCUUUAAACCAUACGAGGGGCUUUUCGAGGCCACCCUCAUGAAAGACGGCCUCACAGCAUGGGAGAUUCGCGACGUGCGCGAGAACGUAAUAGGUGGUGAUAAGUCCUGGACUGAGAAUGCUCACUGUCUGUUGUGUGGUUCCGUUAUUGACUGA